AUGUUGAUCCAGUAUGCGAUAAGUGGUCUGUUCGUGAUAGUAGCACAAUGCGUUCGGGAAAUCAACGGCGAGUAUCAGACUAGUCUCACAUUCAACGAUAUCUUGCCUGAGGAUCCGAAGCUGUACGACAAAAUGCGACCACCGAAAAAGGACGGCCAGCCGACGAGCGUUGCCUUCCACGUCACCGUCAUGGGGCUGGAUUCGAUCGACGAGAACUCGAUGACCUAUGCGGCGGACAUUUUUUUCGCGCAAACCUGGAAGGACCACCGGCUGAGGCUGCCCGAAAACAUGACCUCCGAAUAUCGGCUCUUGGAGGUGGAUUGGCUCAAAAACAUUUGGCGACCGGAUUCGUUCUUCAAGAACGCCAAAUCCGUCACCUUCCAGACGAUGACCAUUCCAAACCACUACAUCUGGCUGUACCGCGACAAGACGAUCCUGUACAUGGUGAAGCUGACACUGAAGUUGUCCUGUGCCAUGAACUUCCUGAUCUAUCCGCACGACACGCAGGAGUGCAAGCUGCAAAUGGAGAGUCUAUCGCACACGACGGACGACAUGGUUUUCCGUUGGGACGAAGAGGUACCAUUGGUAGUGGACGAGCAUAUUGAGUUGCCCCAGCUAGCCCUGGUGAAGAACUACACGGCCGAUUGCACGCAGGUCUACUCCACGGGGAACUUCACCUGUCUGGAGGUCGUGUUCGUGCUGAAGCGACGUCUUGGGUACUAUCUCUUCCACACCUACAUACCGACCUGUCUGAUCGUCAUCAUGUCGUGGGUUUCGUUCUGGAUCAAACCGGAAGCGGCUCCAGCUCGGGUCACGCUUGGCGUAACGUCUCUACUAACUCUUAGCACUCAGCAUGCUAAGUCGCAGGCGUCACUACCGCCGGUGUCCUACCUGAAGGCGGUCGAUGCCUUUAUGUCCGUUUGCACUGUGUUCGUGUUCAUGGCGCUGAUGGAGUACUGUCUGGUGAACAUUGUCCUGGGUGACUCGGACCCACCGUCACCGAAACCGCACCCACCGAAGCUGGACAAGUUCUUCGAUUUCACGGCCAAGAAUGGCAAGCGAAAUAGCAAGUCGCAUGAACACGCGCACGAGCAUCCGAUCACGACCUUCCAGCGUCAGGAGAGCACUCUGCUGUUGUCACCGGUGCCACACAUCCAGACGAUACCACCGCCACCGUGCAAACCGGCCUCGGCCAUACCCAAACUAACGCCGGCUCAAAUGCGGCUCAAACGGGCCAUCAAUAUUGAUCGGUUUUCACGCAUAUUUUUCCCGUUUCUGUUCACGCUACUCAACGUCACGUACUGGAUAAUGUUCUAUGAAUAUAUAAUCUCGGACGAUGAAGACGACACCCAUCCAAAUAUCGAUACGCCAUCGCUUUUCCGCUGGCGGCAUCAGGCCCGGGUUGAACGUAUGCAGGAACAGGAGAAGGAGAAAGAAACUAUAGAGAGCAAGAAGAAAAGCGCAGCGGAAAAGCUUAAGGAUGCCAAGGAAAAACUGCAGCGGAAUGAAGGCAAUCUGGAUGAGCUGAAGAAGAGCAUUGAGGAGCUGGAAAAGGAGCAGAGCGCGAUAAAUAAGAAACCGGAAGAGCUGACCGAAGAGCAGAAGGAGUUGAGUUUGCGGGAUUUCAUAAAAAAGAAUGAAAAGCAAGUUAAAAAGUUUGGCAUGUUGCGGAAGUACGACGAUUCGAAAAAGUUCCUGCAGGAUAAUCAUCAUUUGGUGUGUGAAGACACGCCCAACUAUCUGGUCAUUUGGUGCAUCGAGCUGGAGAUGCAGGAAAAGCACGAUCUGAUGGGGCACGUGGCACACCAGUGCAUCUGUAUGCAGUACAUCCUGGACAUUUCGAAGCAGCUUGAAGUGGAUCCGCGCUCCUGUGUAGCGUCGUUCUUCCAGCGCAUCCAGGAGGCGGAGGCGAAGGCGGAAUACAAGCAGCAUUUCUUCGCGGAAAUCGAGGCGUUCAAAGAGCGAAUUCGCAAGCGCGCACAGGAAAAGCUGCAGGUGUUGAUCCAGGAGCAGGAGGAAGAGGAAAAGAAAGCACGCAUCGGUCCCGGCGGUUUAGACCCGGUGGAGGUGUUCGAAUCACUGCCUGAAGAGCUGCAAAAGUGCUUUGAAGAAAGAGAUAUCGGCAUGCUACAACAGGCAAUGUCAAAACUGCCCCCAGAAGAAGCCCGUCACCAUUUGCAACGUUGCAUAGACUCGGGGCUGUGGGUGCCGGAUGCAAAAACUGCAGCCGCAGCCACCGGUGGAGGUGGCACGAGUGCUGAUGAUGAAGAACCCGUCCUUUCUUUCAACGCGGACACGCUGCGCUUCGAGAGCACCAUGCACGAACCCAAGCGCAAUCGCAACGUGUUUCUCGAUGUGAAACCCGUCCUGGAGGAUAACACGACCGCAAUUCUUGCCGGAAGACGGAAUGCGGCUGUUUUCAAUAACCGCGUUGGAUUUCCGCCAGUUACACCGAAAGAGGCUUUUGUGAACCCAGUUUCCAACGCACAAGUGAAUGAUGGCCCUCUGGUUCCUCAUUCACAGAGCAUGGUAUACGAGAGCUCCAAGCCAAUCUAUCUGGUAUUGCGAGCCUUGGGCGUAUUUCCGUACACACGCCUGCCGUCAGGUGAGACCACCUUCAUGUUGGCGUCGUCCUCGAUGAUCUACUGCGUGAUAUUCUUCCUGCUGCUCACCGUGUACAUCGCGUACAUCCUCAUCAACCGGAUCGAGAUCGUGCGUACGUUAGAGGGACGCUUCGAGGAGUCCGUCAUAGCGUACCUGUUCAUCGUGAACAUCCUGCCAAUCCUGAUCAUCCCACUGAUGUGGUACGAAACGCGCAAAGUCGCAUCGGUGGUGAAUGGAUGGGUCGACUUCGAGACGGUCUACCGGAAGACAUCGGGCCGUGCUUUGGAGCUGCGGCUUCGCACCAAAGCACUGCUGAUUGCUGUUCUGCUGCCGAUCCUCUGUUCACUCUCGGUCGCGAUCACGCACGUAACGAUGGUGGACUUUAAGCUACUCCAAGUCAUCCCAUACUGCGUGCUGGACACGAUCACGUACAUGAUGGGCGGUUACUGGUACAUGACCUGUGAGACGCUCAGUACUACAGCUAAAAUACUGGCGGAGGAUUUCCAGCGGGCGCUGCGACACGUGGGACCAGCUGCCAAGGUGUCCGAAUAUCGCUCGCUUUGGUUGCGACUUAGCAAGCUCUCUCGGGACACGGGAUUUUCCACCUGCUAUACGUUCACCUUCAUCUGCCUGUACUUGUUCUUCAUCAUAACGCUCUCAAUCUAUGGGCUUAUGUCGCAAAUCUCGGAAGGAUUCGGCAUAAAGGACAUUGGGCUCGCUGUGACCGCGUUCUGCAGCGUCGGGUUACUGUUCUACAUCUGCGACGAGGCGCACUAUGCGUCUUUCAACGUGCGCACCAACUUCCAGAAGAAGCUGCUCAUGGUCGAGCUGAGCUGGAUGAACACGGACGCGCAGACCGAGAUCAACAUGUUUCUGCGGGCGACUGAGAUGAACCCGUCCAGCAUCAAUCUGGGAGGGUUUUUCGACGUCAACCGGACGCUGUUCAAAUCGCUGCUCGCGACGAUGGUCACGUACCUUGUGGUGUUGCUGCAGUUCCAGAUCAGCAUUCCCGACGAACCUAGCGCCAUGCUGAUGCACAGUAACACAAGUCGUUCGUAA